AUGUCUGCUGCGACGGCCAAUCAUAAACCACCAGCUACCAUCGGCGGCGUCAAUGGGCUCCCGGUCGAGAACCCAUGUCUUUCUUUCUGGCAACAGACCACCCGAUCAUUCCCACAUCUUCUGGCAAACUCUGAGGGCCCCCUCCCACAAACUACAAAAUAUCUAGUCAUAGGCUCCGGGCUUUCUGGAGCUCUGACCGCCUUCGAACUUGUACACUCAGCUGGCGUGCCCGGGAGCGAUGUCGCCAUUCUGGAAGCGCGAGAAGCUGCCUCCGGAGCUAGCUCGCGCAACGCAGGGCACGUCCGACCCGAUGCCUUUCGCGGGUUUCAAGUCUACCGGAGGGUACACGGCACAGAACAAGCGUUGAAGAUAAUCGCAAACGAGAAAGAUGUUCUCGACAAGAUCAAUACGUUUGUGAACAAGCAUGAUGUCCCUUGCGACUUCAACCUCGCAACCACGCUCGACGUGUGUCUGACUCCCGAGUUUGCCGAGUUUAAUGCUCGAAGCUUCAAAGAGUACCAGGAGGCUGGUGGUGAUUUGAGCCAUGUGAAGCUCUACGAGGGGGAGGAUGCCAAAACAAGGACGGGCAUAAAGGACACCGUGAGCGCGUACGAGUGGCCUGCUGGAUCCAGUCAUCCUGCAAAGCUAGCCCAGUGGCUGCUGGCCCAGAGCAUUGCCAAGGGCGCAACGUUGUUCACGAAAUGCCCGGCUCUGAAGAUUUCCAAGAGCUCAGCUGUGGAGUCAUGGUGGGAUGUCGAGACUCCCAAGGGCAUCAUAACUGCGAAAACAGUAGUCCACUGCACCAACGGGUUCGCCGGCCACCUCAUUGCUCAGCUGACGCCAUACGUAACACCAACGAGGGCUCAGGCACUUUCAUUCGUCCCGCCGAUGGCUUUGGCUGGGAGGAGCAUCUUAGCCAGCACGAUGUCAUUGCGAUACAGCCUCCACAAUUUCUACUCCGUAAUGCAGCGCAAAGCCGAUGGGAUCAUCAUCCUGGGGGCCUCGAGGAAAAGCCCAAAUCUCAGUCAGGUCACAAUCGAAGGCAUGGCGAUACCGGAUGACACCAGUUUCAACGAUGAGAUCAGGCAAGACAUCGUUGUAAACUUCGAGAAAUGUUUCCCCUCGUGCGAGAAGGGAAGAUUGAACCAUGGCGAAGGCGCUCAGCAUACAUGGACUGGGAUUCUAGGCAUGACGACGGACUCAGUGCCGUUUGUGGGCAGUCUGAAUGGUCUUCCUGGACAAUAUGUGUGUGCGGGCUUUAAUGGGCAUGGUAAGAUCCCUGUCCCCAUCUUUGUCAUUGCCAGUCACGCUAAGCCACAAAACUAG